AUUUUUCACUCUCUGAACAAACAAAAUUUGACCGAACAGUAUAAAGAAAUCGUCAUUGUUAGCGUAAUAGACCGUAAUACACUAAGUUAUUAGUUCUUCAGUAUGUCAGAAAAGUCUCAUCAUAAGCCUAUAAGGCAGGACUAUAUUGCCAAAAUAAGAUAUUCCAAUAACUUACCACCUCCACCAUUGAAUCCUAAAUUUAUUCAAUAUAAUACUACUGAAAAUAUAUCUAAUCAACAAGAAGCUCAAAGUUUAAUAAGUUCAUUAUUUAGAAAAGAAAACUUUAUUAGUUUAAUAGAAACUAUUGAUGAAGAUUUAGGUUUAAAUUUAAAUUUGAUUAAUAAUAAAGGAUUUUUAGAUGAAGGAAAUGAUCGAGCUAUAAAUAAUUUGGUUAAUAAAACUGAUGAAAAUAAGCCAGUAACAUUACAUCCAAAAGAUAGAGCUUUAUUAAGAGAUGCAGGUAUAGGUAAUAUUUCCAAGUCUGAGCCUGGAGUUUCAUUCUUGAGAAGAACUGAAUAUAUUGCUGAACGUCAAAUAAGGUCUCAUGGUAGUGAUGUUUCAACUAGUAGUGAAUCUAAGAAUACUAAAGAACCUGAAAAAUUAGAUGCUGAAGCUCAAUUAAAAGCUGUUGAAGAUACUUUUGAAGCUGCUCGUGAUACUUUAAUCAAUUUAGAUAAAUUGAAACAUCCACGUAAGAGAAAUUUAAAGGCUGUUAAUACUUGGCCAUUAUUACCUGAUACUUCAAUGACAGAUGCUAAAUUUUUAAAUGUUAAAUUUAUAGGUUCAGCCUCACUUAGUCGUGAAUUACAGGUUUUAAAACAAAAGAAAGGUGAUAAAUUCGAUGCAGAAUUACAUAAAAAUAUAACAAAUACAAGUAUCUUAAAACCAAUUACUUCUGAUGAUGGAGAAUGGAUUUCAUUAUAUCAAUUAACAAAUAAUUCAGCUACUAAAUUAAAUAAAAAAUUACAUUCAACUGAAAGAGAAAAACCAAUUAAUUUAUUGGAUGAAGAAGAUGAUGCCAUAGAAAAAUAUGAUUUUAAAUAUAUUAAGAAUUAUGAUAUGACUUAUAAUAGAUUUGCUAAAGAAUAUGAAGAAGUUAGUAUUAAAUUAGUUCCUGAUGAAAAUGAUUCUAAAAGAAGAAAAGUUGCAUAUUAUUAUCCAAUUGCUGGUAGAAUUGAUUUAAGAAAGCAUAGACCAAUUGCAAAUACUGAAGUUAAUAGAUUCUUAAGAGAAAGUAUUUAUGAUGGUAUUAACUUUAAAUUAAGAGAACCAACAACUAAUGAACUUGAAAAGAUGGAUGCUAUAAGAUCUGAAUUUGAUCCAGUGGAAUACGGAGGUGAUGAAGAUGAAGAAGAUGAAGAAGAUGAAGAAGAAGAGGAAGUUGAACCAUCAGUAUAGUUAAAUGCACAUACAUAAAAUUUUUAAUAUACUA